AUGCUCCAUGGCUCCCCCGUGCAACAAAUUUCUGGAGACCCGCCGCGCGGUGACAGAGUAAAGCAGGCCGCAGCCCCACGACCUAUCGAUCCGCAUCCCUGCUACUCCGUCCUUCGGUUGUCAGGUCUCAGCAUGCGACGGAGUACAGCCAUGCUAGCGCGCAAGCAGGCAUUCAUUUACCCGCCAUCGUCACUUCGUGGCGAUCCCUGCCCUCUCCUCACGCCUCCACGCCUCCCCGCCCUCGGCUCCCUUUCCAGCCUCGGCGUGGGCGCCUGGCCUCGAAGAAAGUUGGUCGACAAAAAUCCCUCCUUUGUUGUAACCGUGGUUUGCGGCAACACGCACGCACGCACAUCUUUUCCUUGCCUCGCUCGCUGCGUUGCCUCUCGAGUCCAAAGCAACCCCUGUGACGAUUCCGCCCCCAUGAACCGUGCACCCUGGUGCAGCCAGGCAAGUUAG